AUGUUCAGAGUUUCCGUCGCAAGAAUGGCGCUUCGAGUUGACUAUGAAGGUAGCAAUGACGUUGGAGUAUUUUGUACUUUGACCAACAGUUACUGUCUUGUUGGAAUAGGUGGAACUCAAAAUUUCUACAGCACAGUAGAGGCAGAGCUUUCAGAAAUCAUUCCAGUUGUGCAUACAUCAAUUUCUUCCACUCGUAUUGUUGGUCGAGUAACCGUAGGAAAUCGACAUGGUUUGCUUGUGCCUAACGGUACAACAGAUCAAGAGCUGCAACAUUUGAGAAAUUCUUUACCUGACGAGGUCAAAAUUCGGCGAGUUGAUGAACGCCUCUCCGCUCUAGGAAACGUGAUAGCUUGCAAUGACCAUGUUGCCAUUGUGCAUGCCGAAAUAAGUCAGGAAACAGAAGAGGCACUCGUCGAUACUCUUAAAACUGAGGUGUUUCGUGUGAGCCUCGGUCAGAACGCCCUUGUAGGAUCAUAUUGCGCCCUAUCAUCGCAAGGAUGCUUGGUAGCGGCUCGUACGCCUCCAGAAACUCAAAGAGAACUUGCUGCUUUGUUGCAAGUUCCGGUAGUUGCUGGCACAGUCAACCGUGGCUCGGAAUUGAUCGGAGCCGGCAUUUGUGUGAACGACUGGGUUGCCUUUUGCGUCCUGUGCUGUCGUCUUACUGCCUUGAGCCUAUUCCUUUCAAUCAUGACGAACAUUCAUCUGGAAAUCGACGAUCUGACUAGAGUUUUGAGCACAUAUGCUGGAAGAGAUAAAGCUGUACGAUCUCUAUACUUCCUUCUUACUCUGAAAGCCCACUCGUCUAGCAGAAAGGAUGAGAUACUGGCUCUCGCUAAGCAGUGUUCUGCUGCUCGUCUGGUUUUGCGGCAAUUCAAUCACCCUUCUAUGAUCAAGUCUCUUCGGCAGAUUUUGACUUCCCGACCGUCUGAUUCGAUUGACUAUGCUUGUUCGGCCACCGUGACAGGUGCAUACACAGUAUAUGGAAUUGUCGAACUUUUGGCUUGGCUAUCCGAUGCCAAAUUGGUAGCCAUGGACUCUGCGCGAUUGUGGAGGUUGUGCUUGUAUCUCUGGAUCACUGCUCUCAUAGCUGGAAUCAUACGACAGAUUCGAUCGAUUUCCAAGAAAGGUAUUGAGAAAUCAAAAGAAGAUUUGCUCACUCUAGUAGCUCUUUCUAGUGAUUUCAUAGCUGCAAUUCAUUCUCUUCCUCAUAAGAUUUUGUGGUCUGGUAAGCUUACGCCCACUCAAAGUGCCACAUUCUCACUUAUUGCCUCCCUUAUUGGAUUUUAUAAGAUAUUCUGA